UAAUCGAGCACCAAAUUUGUAUUUUAGUACACGAGCUACGUCUGCCCUACGGUCAAGUAAAGUUAACAAAGAUGAUGGAUGCUCUGUCGGUGGUGAGUCAGCUACGGGACCUGGCUUCUGAGCCGCAGAACAGAGAGGUGAUAGUCCAGGACCAGGGCUGUCUCCCCGGGCUGGUUCUCUUCCUGGACCACCAGAAUCCAGACGUCCUACUUGCAACUCUUCAGACCCUGCGCUACUUGGCUGAGUUGUCCCCCAACAUCCCCACCAUGAAGAAUGAACUGGGCAUGAUGGUGAGCUUGGAGAACCUAAUUGGGAGGAAGGGCCUGUCUGUUGAUAUCACAGCCUUGGCCCAGGAGGUGUUUGACGUUCUGAGUGCGCCUGCUAAUCCUGUGCCGCGCACACCUGAGAGGGAGAAGAGAAAGAAAUCUCAGUUCUUUAUCAACUCCUCCAACAAGAAGGCCAAGUCUGUCACUCUUCACAUCCAGGGGCUGGAUAGCACUGCCCAGCGAGGCUUGUGUGAGGAGGCUCUUCUGAAGGUCAGAGGAGUGAUCAGCUUCACCUUCCAGAUGGCCUCAAAGAGAUGCACCGUCCGCAUCCGUUCAGACCUGCCCACUGAGAGUUUGGCAUCGGCAAUCGCUGCCACUAAGGUGUUGUCAGCCAAACAGGUGGUGAAGAAUGAGGCAGGAGAAGAGGUUUUUAUUCCUCUGAACUCAUGUGGAGUGGAGGUGCAGCAAAACUCAGCUAUACCAGACUACCUCCCAGAGGAAGAGGAGAGCCCGGAGAAGGAGGUUGACAGAGCAAUUUCCCGCACCACAGCCAAGGAAGACCCCAGUGGAAGCUGGCUCAACACUGCUGCAAGCUUCCUCACGAAAACAUUCUACUGGUGAAACUGGUGCAGUUUGAUUUCUUGAGAUCCAGUGUUACUGGAGUGGACAUUACUGGAUUUUAGCAGACCACAGGCCAACGCCCAGGCUUUGUGUGCUUGGUCUGACCUUCACCAACUUGCCAUCUAUUAUAAAAAACAAACUACAAAUUGUCAACAUGUGCUGAAGGUAUUCUUCUAUUACCUCUGUUGUGCUUACUGAAUUCAAUGGAGGCACGCACACUUGAAAAAUAUAUUUUUCUCUGGACUUACAUAAUACUGUUUUUAUACAGUAUUCUCAUUAAAUGUAAAUAUUUUGUCAGACUUUCCAAACUGUCCUUUUUCUCUUUUCAUGUAAAAAGUGUUUCUGCUACUUUCUUCUACAGUUGGGUGUGUUUUCCUGUUUAUCCUGCUGUUUGUUGGUAGUUGUACUGAUUUAUGCUAAA